AUGGCAUGUCGCCGCCUCGCCCCGAGCGUGUGCGACGUGAACGCACCUAGGUGGGAGGGCCCGCGUGACGUCACACUGCCGGCCCCGGCGGGCGAGCUGGGAGUGGGGAUAGAUUCGUGCCAGUCGCGAGCGGGCAGUUGCGGCGAGCAGGUCGGUGCUUGCGUGUGCGUGUGUGCGCGCGUGCUCAGUCGUGCCAACCUAGCAGGCCGCCGCCGGGCCGGAGCUGUGCAGACCCCCAGGUGUGGAGCCGCAGCCAUGGAGGCCUCCCUGCUGUCCGGCUACCCGCUGCUCGCCGGUCUCCUCAUCGCGCUCGUCGCCAGGGGGGCGGAGGCCGUGGAGUGCUACGUGUGCAGCUGGAGCCCCUACGACCACAACUCGGACGUGUGCUCGACGGGCAACUUCGACCCGCUGCGGGUCCAGACGCACGAGUGCGACACCGGCUGCGAGAUCGUCUCCAUGCGCGACAAGAACGGUGACAUGGAGAUGUUCUACCGGAACUGCGUCACCAACGAGCCGGUGACGUACGACGCGGUGAGCCGCGCCACCAAGCUGAACGAGGAGCGGGUGUACACGUGCGACUCCCGGCUGUGCAACGGUGCGGCCGGACACCCGCCUGCCCGCCUUACCCACCUGCUCCUGGCGCUGUGUGCCGCCAUCUUGUCGCUGCGACCGCGCUUCGGCUCGUAGGCGUCCGUCUGCGUGCCGAGCCUUGUGGGUUCGACAAUCUGAGACAUGCCGUCAGAACGGGAGACCUAAGAUGCACAUAAAGUUCUGCCAAUCCCGAUUACACCCGAACAAUUCACCUUCGGCCAACUUCGGGAUUUGUUUUAUUUUUGCGCAGGAAAAAUGAAUUCAAAUAUUAAAAGUGGUCGGUUAGGUUAGCUACAUUAAAACACUUCAAAACACUAUGGACGGUUAGUUAGGUUAGUAUAGCUACAUUAAAAUAAACAGAGAAAUAUAAAUAUAUAUAAAUAAACCCGAGGUUGGCCGAAGGUGAUUUGUUCGGGUGUAAUCGGGAAUGGCAGAACUUGAUGUACAUCUUGGGCUUCCCCGUCGAACAAGUCUUCAGGACCGUUCUACAACUGCACGGAGUCAGGUACGCAUCACGUAAACGGGAGGCAGAUCUUCGGGAACACACUCACUA